AUGCUGCCUUCAAGAAAACUUUUUUAUUGUAGACUAAAUUUAUUUAAGCAUCUAAAAUUUGUUGCUGCUUAUUCUAGAAAAAGCGAUUCUAAAAAUCAGGGUCCCUACAAAAUAGUUAAAUCUAAUGAUGUAAUUGAUGACGUAGUUGAUAAUAGAUUUGGCUCAAUACCUAAUUGGGAAUUGUUGGCACCAAAGGGCUACAGAUUUUUAUUACCUGGUUCACUUGGACCUGCUUGGCACGAAGCUGGAUCCAUGGUUCCAGUUGACACAUUUAAUACUUCAAAAACAAAUUCAAAACUAACUAAAUUAGAUUUAGAUGCUUUGGAAUGCACAGCUCAAGAGUGUCCAAUUUUACUUCGAAAUGGAGUCUUGGAGUUAUUUCCCAAUAAUGAAAUUUAUACUUCACAACAACUUACAGUUGUAACUAUUAAACAUAAAAAUAAUUUUUAUAAAUCAAAAUCCAGUGAUGUCGAAUCAGAAUAUGAUGCCAAAACGUUUGUUUGGGCUGCUCAAGAAAUUUGUAUCAAGUUAAAAUCAACUGGUUAUUGGGCAGAUUUUAUAAAUCCAUUUUCAGGCAGACCUUAUCUAAGCCCAUUCUAUAAAUCUACACUCUAUGAAACAGAUGAAAGGUUUAGAUGUUUGGGAUUUGAAAUUAGAAAAAGUGGAAAUUGCAAAAUAAUACAAAGUAGAGAUGAUGAUAAACAAUUUAUCGCCUAUUCACAAAUGCUCCGGCAAAUACAAUGUUCUUUUAUGAAAUGUUAA